AUGGAGAUACUGAUUAGGCAGCAGCUGUCGGACGCUGAGAGACACCAAAAUGUUGAUGCUUUGAAAAGUACUUACAAGUUGAUCAAAUCAGCACAUGAUGGAAAAUCUGCCCUUGAUUCCUUGGAGAGUUUCUCUUUUGACUUGUAUGUCUUAUGUGCAGAACAAGCAUAUCAGAUGGGUUUUCCUGAAAUAAGCCAUGACUGUCUACAAAUGUAUUUUAAAGGAAAAGCUCCUGUUAACCAAUUCUUGGGUAGAGCAUAUUUGUGUCAGAGCCAGUUACAUACUCCUGUAUCUACUGACAAUUUGGAACAAUUUGAAAAAUUCAUUAUAAACUUGCUGAAAACAAUUGAUUUUGCAUUAGGUGAUCCAAGAUACUAUUUUUUGAUAUAUAAUGCUUCAGUUAUUUACUGGAAAAAUGUAAGACCAUUUUUAAAGCCCGGGUUCCGCUAUUUUCUUAUACCAAGUCUCUCUCAGAUUGUGCCUGCAUUGAAACAUCCAGUUGAAGAAGACAAAGAUUGGACAGCAGAACUCAUGAUAGAAUUGCUUGAAAGUUUCCUGGAUGCUUCCAGAAUUGAAGAAGCCAUAACUUUUUCAUCCGCUGCAGCCGCAUUCAUUAAAGAAAAUGUUCCAAGGAGAUAUAAGCAUUUAUUUUCACUAAUGGUACGUCACAAACUAGUGGAAUUUUCAGAUAUAGAAGAUAAACUUGAAAGCUCUCUUAGUUUGAAUAUCAUAUAUAAAAUCCAAACAAUCAAAGAGCAAUUAGAUAAAAAUCAGAUUCCAGAAGACGUUCCUACAGAUUUGAAUAAUAUAUAUGAACUUCUGGAAGAGUCUAGAAAGCAAGUAAACCGUAAUGAAAGAAUUUCUUUGCUGCUGGAAUUGGCACGACUUUCUUUGAGACUAAAUUGUAUAAAUAUUGCCAUGUUAUGUUUAAAAGAGUUGAAGAAAUGUAAAAUUCAAGAUCCAGGAAAAGAAAUUGAAUUAGAAUGCUUGGAAUGUGACUGUGAAGUCCAAACACUUGGGUCUAAAAUUGAAACUUAUACUAAAAGUGUUGUCAAGGCUCAGUUAAAAGUUAUACAAAAACUUGAUUUAAUUUUGAAUCGUGCAAUUCGGCUGAGAGAUCCUAAUAUUAUUCAGGCAGUAUGUGCUACUCAAUGGAAUAUCUGCUUACCACUGCUGCAACACAAUUUACAACACCACAUACGAAAACCACUGUUAGCGAUUGCUGAGGUGCUAGAGAAGAUCGACAGUAUGUUGGUUUUGUUGCGUUGUCAAGUACAUAUGGAAAUUGCUCGCAUUGAAGAAAAAGCAGACAGAGUAGAGACUGCAAUGGAACAUUUAGAAAAGGCCAUCAACCUCGAUAACAAUGGACAGUACCAUGAAUACCUCAAAAUGGCUUUCCAUCGGCUUAGUUUAAACACCAUGCUAUAUAAGUCAUUGGAGCGUCUAGAAGACCAAGCAAGUUUGAUGAUUGAACAGGCUAAAAAAGGAACUGCAAAUGAUAACGUGAGGAAAAAACGCUCUCUGUUGGUGAAUGCUGGCCUUGCACUAGCACCAGAGGCUUUUCAGGUUGUCCUUGAUAGUGAAAAUGAAGCUAAAGUUCCUCCAAGUAAAAAUAAAGAUCAAAUUAGCUAUCUUUGUGCAAGAGCACAGCACCAUACUAGAAAUGUAGAGAAAGCAGAUGGACAUUUGAAGAGACUAGGACAUGAAAAUGAGAAAGAAAGAAUCCGACUAUGGUCAGAAAUAGCAAAAACAGCACGGAAGCAAAGCGUGUGGGAUGUUUGUCGGGCUGCAUGUAGGUUCUGCCUCUUGUAUGAUGACAGUCAAGUGAUAAAGGCAUCAAAACCCAAAAAAUUAGUCAAGAAGAAAGCUAGUAUAACCACAACAGGUGAAGAGCAUGAAGGAAGUAUAUUAAGAGAGUCGCCUAUGCCUGCUAAAGUAUUCUCUUUAGAAAGAGAUCUACUUAGAACUUUAGCAGAAGUAAGAUGCAUUAAUGCAGAGGCUACAAUUCAGUUAUUAAGAACAGAAGGUGUACAGCUCAAUGAUUAUCCUGUCCUCCCUUUAGAUGCAAGUGCACACACUAUGGGAUAUAUUCAACAUUCAACACAAAUUGGAAAAGAAUCAGAAUGGAAUACAUACAGCAACUGGAUAAACGGCUUAUCUCAAUAUGCUAUGGAAAACUUUCUACGAGCUGUCAAAAUUGGAGAGGAGUUAAAUGAAGCCUGGAUUGUACAUAACACUGUGGUGUAUGUGUUAAAUCACAAUAAACAUCUGAUUAUUUCAAAAAGGCAAAGAGAACUUGUUGACUCCCUUCAAAUUCUUUUCAGUGCUGUUAAGAAUAUUGGGAAUUUUGGGAAUACUACUGUUUUGGUAACAUUAUGUAAUGCUCUGGCAAGAGGGCUGAUUCUUCCUUGGAUUCCAAAAAUGAUUUCCAAACCCGAUGAAAAGAAAGUUAUUGAGGAAGGACCCACCAAACGUAAAAAGCCUGCCUUAAAAGCACAUGAUAAAUCAGCCACUGCCCUAAUUACAUCUGUGGAUCCAGCUGGAAUCCCUGAUAUUAAAGCAGCCGUAGAGGUCUGCGAAUUUGCUAUGCGUUUGCCUAAUGGAAGUGCGCCUGAUGAGCCAGUGCCUAUUGCUAUGCGUCAACAAGUUAUUGCAACUUGGGUAAAGGCCAAACAAUUACUUCAGCAUCAGAUUGGGAGAUGGCAUGGAUCUGAGGAUGAGAGUAAUGAUGAUGGGUCAUCUCCCAUGACAAAAUUUUUUAUUGGCCUGGAAAUGUAUUCAUGCAAUGGUUUGGGCCUCAUGGACUUUUCUCUUCCCAGUUUGCCUCAUUUGGUAAAAAUGGCUCUAGAGUACAGUUGGUCAGACUCGCUUGUACAGCUUCAGACAUUGACCAGACUUACACAUUUUGCACAUAAUCUCCAUGACCAUGAACUGGUGAUGACUUGCUGUCAGAAGAUUUUGGAAUUAGGUGAUAAAGUGCCAUUUAACACAGAUGCAAAGAAAAAGGGAAUAAAUGAUUACAGUGUCAGACAAGAAAUGCUAAGUAUUGCUACUUGUGCUCAAGGGAAGAGUAUGAUGGAAAACCUGGCUGGCCAAAAACAUUUGCGGGUUAUAGCAUCAAAAUCCUUUGUUGAAAGUGCAAGAUACGCAGGAGAAGCAGGAAAUCUUGGUCUCGCCAUGGUAGCAGCUCGACAAUUCUGGAAUGCAUGCUUACCUUUCAUUGGUUCUUCAGCAGACAGGCAGCAUCUCAAAGCACCCACUGAAGUCAUUCUCAAGAGCAUCAUUAAAGCAUCCGAGGCCAAAAAUAAGCAGGAAGCAGACAAUAUGUUACAUUUGCAUCAGUGGCACACAGUAGAUUUUCAGAGCGGCGGUCCAUCAGAUGGGCAUUUUUUUCCUGGCGCUGAGGAAGAUUUGACUUUAAGAACAUUCCUCUAUGUGUUACUGUUCCAAGCACAUGCUGAUAAAAACGAUUGGGAGACAGGCCUUAAAGUUUUAGACGAAGCUGUUCAGAUUCUCCCUCGCACAAAGCACAGACUCCCUAUUUUUAAACAUAUGGUCAUGGUGAAGGCAAGACUAGGACGUAAUUAUAUAAUGGAAAUUCAGAAAUUCCGAGAUGAAACUGAAGACUACAUGUCACAUAUGUGGCAUCGUUUGGCAUCUGUUUCCUUGGAUAUAGUGGGACAAUUGUCUUGCUACCAAAAUGCAAUUGAAGUUUUACAGAAAAAGGAAUCUGAAUUAAAAAAAGUGGAUAAUAUCUUAGGAUUUGCAGAAUGGCUGUAUUGCAACCAGUUUCCUCUUAGUGAUGCUAUUAAACACUUGGAAUGGGCAAUAAAUAUGUUGUUGUACCUCAGACCUCUCCAAAACAACCCUGAGGAAGAAGAAUUAAAAAGCCAAAUUAGCAUUGGAGAAUUAAGAAGCAUAAAAGAGUUAGAAGCUUUAUUUAGAGCUUAUACAAUAAUGGCAGUCAUUUCUGGCCAUGGUUCAACUUCUUAUGAGCAGCACUGUUUGAUGGCAUAUACUUUUGUGAUGCGCAUAUGGCAGAUGUCAUUCACAUCAGCAGGAUUGAUUAUAAAGGCACAGGCCAAAGUUUCACCAACCCAACCAACAACUCCAAAAUCAAAAGGCCAAAAAGAUGCAAAGCAGCCUGAUCCUACUCAGAGUUCACCUACAAGCCCUCCUAAAAAAGAUAAAGAGAAAUCCACAAAAGAUGUAAAAAAGGUACAUUCAGCCAUUAAAGAGAAGGCUAAGAAGAAAGGGCCAAUUGAUGUCUUGCCCGGAAAUGUGGAGGAAUGGGCUAGCUAUGAGUGCCCUGAUGAAAUGAGAGAAGCCUUUAAACAGGACUCAAGCGGCUGUGCUGUGAACAGGGAAACCAUUUUAGCACCUACACGUACCCUAUAUUACUUAGACCUUUUAUUUAAGGAGCUGCAGGCAAUGUUAUGUACUCACAUGACUCUUCCACUUCUUCACUUGGCUGAAGUCAUUGCUCAUGAUGUUGUAGAAAGCAAAAGUCUCUCAGAUCUCUACCGUCUUAGGCUUGCCAAAAUAUGUUUAGAUUUAAAAAUGUAUCAAGCAGCAUGUUUCCACGAAAAGGCAGUGGGUGAAGUCUUUAUUAAUGAAAAGGAACAAGGAAGAUUUAGACAAGAGAUUGCAUUUAAAAAUGAGAAUGCCAUACAGGAUAGCCAAAUGGAAAAUAAAAAUUUUGAUUGGACAGCACCAGGCAACGUAGAUCAAAGUAAGAAGCUGUUUACUGCAAAAGAUAAGAUCCUGGAACUCAAUGCAAUUACUGAAAAAGAAUUAAAUGGGCUUUCUCUCCCCUACUUGUGGAUAGACAAAGCUGAAGUCCUAAUCCAGCUAUGUUUAUAUCAACCAGCAAGAUUACUACUCUCAGAAGCACACCAAGCAACACAGGAAAUGAAUGAUCCAUGUGCUGUAUCACGAUGCCUUUAUCUUCUAGCUGUACUAGCUAAUUUAGAAAAAAACCACGGGCAAGCUAAGGUACUGCUUGAAAAGGCCCGCUUGAUAGGUGGAAAUGAACAGUUUUGGCACAAUAGCACUUUUUCUCUCACAGAUGCAAUUUUAGGAGAUGACCAGGAAGUAAAUGACAAAAUG